AUGAAUCAACAACAACAACAACAACAUAAACCUAUUAAUAAUAAUAAUGAUGAAAAGAUAACAACUAUUACAAUUAAAACAAUAUUGAAUAAUCGGUUUAUAAGUAAUCAAAUAUUUCAACAUGUUCACAAGAUUGGAAUAGAUAUUGUUAGAAGAGUUAGACAUUCGGUGAUAUUAGAACCAUAUGUUGGAUCGGGUGAACGAAGAGGUGCAAGACCGUUGGAUGACAAUUUGAUUGUUACACCCCCCAAUUACACCAAUGCUGCACAUGAUCUUUUAAAAUACUUUGGUUUGUUGGGUGGUGUUGCCAAGUAUAGAGAUAUAUCGAAUGCAAAGUGGAUGUUAAAGAAUGGAUAUAUCGGGUUGCUAUUGGACAAGAUUAAACGUGGUGACAAGGUGAUCUUUGGUCUUGGCUCACUCAAGUUGAUGUCACGUAUGGGGUUACCACUCGACCAAUUCAAACAAAUAAUCAGUGCCUAUCCAUUGAUGCUAAGCGAUAUCGCUGGACAGACUACUGACAUGGUCUGCAAAUGUUACGUAGAGUCUGCCAAAGGUGAUGACACAAAUUAUCCAGUAUUUCAAUAUUUACAACAAAAACUAGUGUCUACUUCUACUACAACCCCUAGUAGUGACCCACAUGUAAAGGCAUUAGUACAGUUGUUUAAUAGUGCUAAACGUCCAUCACUUUUAAUUUUGACGUCGUUGGUUGAAUCUAUCAAACAUCUACCAAAGGAAAAGUUUUGGUUGGCAGACACAGAUGUACUACGUAAUCACGACCUCGUUGAUUAUUGGUUGCGAAAUGUCGAUCGAGUACCCAUCACAGUGUCUAGUCUCGGACUACUCUUGGGAACACUUGGACAUAAUCAUCACCUAUUCGUGGGAAUGGUUCAUAAACUCCAACCGGAUAAAGACACUGACAAUAUUUUCAAAGCAUGUCUACUCUACCAGACUGCUCUUGAAGACCAACCCAUCAUCAAUAGAGAUCUCUGUCUGUCAGCUCACUACAUCUCCACCAGCCUCGUCACUAGGCUACCUCCAAACACUAGUGUCAGUGAUAUUCGAUCGAUCGAUUUCUACCAAUCAAAAGUACUAAAAGAUCUCCAACAAAUUGACUCUUCUCUCACCAACCCCAAUUCAAUCCAUUGCUAUUGGGAGUUUGUCUAUUUGGAAUAUAUCGCCUAUCUUCCAGGUGUAGUAAAUGAAUUACAACCUCUAUCAAAACAUUUAAAUUGUUUAAUAUUAUUAAUAUUAAAGAAAAUUAAAUCAAUCAUAAAUAAUAAUAUAAAUAAUAAUAAUAAUAAUAAUAAUAAUAAUAAUAAUAAUAAUAAUAAUAAUAAUAAUAUUGAUAAUAGUAUACAACAUUAUUUAUGGAAAUAUUUAUUAAAAUCAUAUGGUAGUAAAUAUAUUUUAUUGGAUUUAUUGAUUAAAGUAGGAUUUGGAUUGGAAUAUAUUAAAGAUGCAUAUGAAACGUAUGGAUGUCAAUCGUAUAUAAAGGUUCUAUCUAAAUGUACAGACCUAGAUGUUAUGCAAUUCAUUCAAUCAAAGCUUUGUAAACCAAAUUCAACCGACUAUUAUCCUCGUGGACUCAAACCCAUCCACAUUACCAACCAGUCUACGACAAAAGAGGUAAUGGUGAUGGCCCACCUUUACACACCACGUAAAAAACUAGACAAUGAUAAUUGGACCACUGAAAUGGCUGAACUCGCAAUUGUUACCGAUAAUUAUAACGCAUUUAAAGUCAUCCUAAUGAAGACAAAGGUAUUGGCUCUAAAAUAUACAAACCCAUUGAAUGGUUUAAUUCGUCUCAAAGAUCGAAUCAAAGUGUCUUCACUUGAAUUCAUUGCCUUUGUCUACAAGUACUAUGACAAGUUGACGAGUAAAAACAUACUUUUACUAAAUAGAGAAGAUUAUGUUGGAUUGUUUAUGUAUGCUAGUGUACGAGGUGACAUUAACAUGCUACAGAAAAUUCAUACAUUGUAUCCAACCAAAGGUUUGGAAUCAUUGAAAUCAUCUCGUUGUAGAAUACUAGAUAUUGCAUACCUAUGUGGCAAUCAAAAGUCACUAGACUUUAUAUUAGAUAAUCGUCCAUUUGAACGAUUAUCUAAUAAAUUAUGGACAGCUAUUGGUAGAAUGAAUAAUGUUGAAUUAUUUAAAUUGAUUUAUAAUUCAAAAAAGGAUGAUGAUAAUAGUUUACCACAAGGAGAAAUCAAUGAUGCAAUUGUUCAUUAUGGUAGUUUUCAACUAUUACUACAUAUGCAAGAAGCUGGUUUACAUGAACGAAUCAGUUCUGGACAAUUGUAUUGGGCAAUACAAAAUAAUCAUCAUGAAAUUGUUCAACACUAUUGUAACAAUUAUCUUCAAAAGGAUACCAAACUUAACCUACCAAUAUACCAAAAUAUUAUCCAUGGAUUUGGAGAGAUGGUUCCAUAUUGGGAAUUUAUCACUCCUCAAAUGAUGGAUGUAUUUAUCAACGCCGUACCACUACAAGUCAUGCUAGACAAAUCCAUCUACCUACCUUCAACAUUUAAUAGAACAUCAAAAUUAAUCAAAUACUUAAAAUCUAUUAAAAAGUUAAAUUCAUCUAAAAAUUCAAAUCCUAAUUGUACUAUAAUGUAA